AUGAGGAUUACUUCCGUUAUUGUGCUUGCCGCAGCGCUGGGCGCCUACGCUGCUCCUCAGGCCCUCAACACCAGGGAUGUUACGACCGAUGGGGUCUCCGCUAGAGGAGUGGCCCUUGGUGACGGAAGAGUUGCACUCCCUGCAGUGCAGCCCGGUAGCCGCACCCGCCGAGGCAGUAGUAGCAAGGCUGCUCGCUCUCUGGAUGAUAUAAUCGAGGCCCGUAGUCCCCAACGUGCACCACCACCACCACCAUCACGUGGCGGAGCACCUCCCCCCCCUCAAACAGGAGGCGGUGGCGGUCGAGGUGGUGCUCCCCCUCCUCCCAACGGAGGCGGUCGGGGUGGUGCCCCCCCUCCUCCCAACGGAGGCGGUCAAUUCGGAGUAACCCCAGGUGGUGGCUUCAAUGGCGGUGCACCCCCACAACCUACUGGAGGUCGUGGUGGUGAAAGACAGUUCAGACGUGCCGAAGUUUCAACCUCUGACGAUGUUGACUCGGACUUUGUUGAAGGAGAGACACUCGCCCUCACCGAAGCCAAUCUCGCAGCAAGGGAUGCAGAGCUCGAAGCACGGGACUUCAGCGACAAUGACUCCGUCUUCUUCCGCCGAUGA